AUGGCUUCGGUUUCAGCCCUCGACAAAUACAAACUAGUGUUCCUAGGAGAGCAAUGCAUCGGGAAAACGAGUAUCAUCUCUCGGUUUGUACACGGCAUAUUCGAUGAUACUUAUCGGGUAACGAUUGGUAUUGAUUUACUUUCAAAGAUAAUUAAUGUUGAAGACCAGACUGUAAGUUUGAAGCUAUGGGAUACUGCUGGAUAUGAAAGAUUCAGUAUUUCUAUGCCAGGCUGUAUAAGGGACUCCUCUGUUGCAGUCAUAGUAUAUGAUGUUACAAGUCGACAGUCAUUUCUUAGCACUACAAAGUGGAUCGAGUAUGCUCGCACAGAGAUAGGAAGUGAUGCUAUUAUUUUCCUAGUUGGCAACAAGGCUGAUCUGGUGGAUAAGAGGUAA